AUCUCUUCCUCAUAACCUCCAUCUUUCGCCACCGCAUGCCUGUGUGGAUAUUUGACCAGGUUUGGGAUGAUCCGUGUUGCUUUGCGUGUACCGUGCGGCGCUCGUGGUGCGCGUGGUUGUUGGUGUGUGGUCGGACCGGAGCUGUCGGACUGAUUCGAGCCGUGACACGCUGUGUUCCGUCUGUAGGCCCUGUGUUGUGUUGUCAUGUCUGCAGCUGCUAACCAAACACACACACACACACGCACACACACACAUAGACACACACACACACACACACACACACAGAGCAGACUGACAACUUGGAGCUAGUCUGAGUUAUUACUGCACCAGCGUGGUAUCAUUUUCACGUCUCUUUAACUUCUGUUUUUUGUUAGUUUAACUUGUUGACUAAACAUAUUUGUUCUCUAGGAACUGGACUUCUGUCUGAUUAGCUCAUGUUGUUGUUGCAGCAGCUCACAGUCGACAGGGAAAGCAGCAGCAUGCUAGUUGUUUAGCUGCUUACACAUCACAUGUGUUUGUUUUCAACAUUAAUCUUCAACUUGUUUUAUUACGCAGGUGAGAACAUGAAUCAAGAAAAACUGGCAAAACUUCAAGCCCAGGUCCGGAUAGGGGGAAAGGGAUCUGCACGCAGGAAGAAGAAGGUGGUCCACAGAACUGCAACAGCUGAUGACAAGAAGCUUCAGAGUUCACUUAAGAAGUUGGCUGUCAACAAUAUUGCUGGAAUUGAGGAGGUGAACAUGAUCAAGGAUGACGGCACUGUGAUCCACUUCAACAACCCCAAAGUUCAGGCCUCUCUGUCCGCCAACACCUUCGCCAUCACGGGCCACGCUGAGACCAAGCAGCUGACAGAGAUGCUUCCCGGCAUCCUCAGUCAGCUGGGAGCAGACAGCCUCAGCAGCCUGCGCAAACUGGCGGAACAGUUCCCUCGGCAAGCUCUCGACAGCAAGGCUCCAAAGGUAGAAGACAUUGAGGAAGAGGACGAUGAUGUUCCAGAUCUGGUGGAGAACUUUGAUGAAGCGUCAAAGGACGAGGCAAACUGACGCACGGGAAGUUCCCCUGCACACAGGCGGGACUGCAACGAAGCAAGAAACCUCCUCCAGUGUUUUUAAAGUCUCGUCAUCCAGACAUAUCGGACACACCCCCCCA